UCCACCGUCGGGCCAGCCAUUCCCAGUCCAGCCGGGAACGCGUCACCGUCUCUCGCCAUGGAGUACCAGCAGGCUGCUCAAUGGGCCGCCCAGCACUUGGAGAGCUACCGGAAAGAUCCCAGCGGCUGGAGCGGCUGUAAGCGAUCGAAUAACAUCACAAUAUCUUGGAGGCCUUCCAAUGUAUUUCGUGGAAACCUAUACAGAGCAGAAGGAAUUUUAGCUGCAAAACCAAAGAAUGUGUUGAAAUGCAUCGUGCCAGAGACUGGUGGACUUAGAGAAAAAUGGGAUGACAAUGUGACCAAACUAGCAGUGGUUGAAUCCAUAAAUAAUAACGUUUGUGUCCUGCGAACAACCACACCUUCGGUUCUCAUGAAUAUGAUCUCUCCAAGAGAGUUCUUAGAUGUGGUCCUGGUCCAAGAGAAUGAGGACGGUUCAAAAAUGACUGCUGCAACCAAUGUGGAACAUCACCUCAGUCCACCUCAGCCAAAUUACGUGAGAGGCCUGAAUUUUCCCUGUGGCUGUUUUGUCAUUCCUGUUCCAGGGGAUCCAAAUAAAACCCACCUACUCAGUUUCUUUCAGACUGAUCUCGGUGGCAGCCUUCCACAGAAAAUCAUUGAAUCUUUCUUUCCAAGGAGCAUAACCGGGUUUUAUGGGAAUUUGGCUAAUGCAGCUGUCACAUUAGUAGUUUAAGCUAUAUUCCCUGUCUCUCUCUCUCCCACUCCCAUUCUACUUCUAGUCUCAAAGGGAAAACAUACUGUAGCUAGGCUGUAUAUUAAUAAUACUGAGACUGUACGAGUGCUUCCUGGGGCUGAAUUCAGAACUGUGAUCUGUUCCAAAGGAUGCACAUGAAUUUCACCUUAAUUUAGAUGGAGAACUUGUGAGCCCAGGUCUAGAAUUAAAUAGCACUUUAUUCACACUACUGUAGUCUGACCUUGCUAAGGACUCUGAAAAGAAAUGAAUUUCUCUGGGUUUUGCUUUGCAAGAUAGGCUUUCAAACAUAAAGACACCUCAACAGAAAAGAGUCGGACCGUAAUUUGCUGUUCUGGCAUUGUUCCUCUGUAAAUCAGAAAAACAAGUAACAAGACCUGAUGCUGUGUAUUUGCCAAAUUCCACUGGUUGCUUUACCUUUCACAAUGAUGACAGCAUCACUUAGAACUCCUGAGUUUAGAUCUCCACCCAGGUACCUAUAAAGAGUUCCCUUCAUGUGGCCUGGUUGUUUUGAGCCAAUAAGGCAUUUCCUGUUGAAGUGGAAAAAGAUGCUAAAGAAACCACAUUUG